CAUAAAUUCUGGUAUUGACAGUCAAAGUGUCAAGCUAUGUAGCAUUUUUUCUGAACUAAUUGAAAGUUAAUUUCGACGGAGAAGACGUUGAUUUUUUGAAUCAAAAGUUAUUGGCAUUGAAUAUGAUUGGUUCAAGGCUGCCACGUGAACAAACUUUGUUUUGCAUUUAUCCUUUCCGUCGCAUUUACAAAAAUGGCGGCAGUAUCUUCUGACCGACAUUGUUGCAAACAUACUGCAGAAUAUAUAUUUAAACUUCUUAUUAUUGGUAACUCUUCGGUCGGCAAAACAUGUUUUCUUUUUAGAUAUUCUGAAGAUUCCUUUACUUCAGGCUUUGUAUCAACUGUUGGGAUCGAUUUCAAAGUUAAGACAGUGUUUCGCAAUGAUAAACAAAUCAAAUUACAAAUAUGGGACACUGCUGGUCAAGAAAGAUAUCGAACUAUAACGACUGCAUAUUAUCGGGGAGCUAUGGGUUUUAUAUUAAUGUAUGAUGUUACCAAUGAAGAAUCAUUUAAAGCUGUUGCUGACUGGGCUGGUCAAGUGAAGACUUACUCAUGGGAUAAUACUCAAGUAGUUCUUGUGGGGAACAAAUGUGACAUGGAUGAAGAGCGUGCUGUCACUUAUGAACAAGGAAAAAAGUUAUCUGAGCAACUCGGUUUUCCAUUUUUUGAAACAUCUGCUAAAGAUAACAUUAAUGUCAGGGCAGCUUUUGAUAAACUAGUUGAUGUCAUAUGCGAUCGAAUGACUGAUACAGAACCACCUUUAAUAUCAAAGUUUGAUCCAAGCGAUCAAAACAAUUUUUUAAAUCAGCAGUCAGGUGGUGAAUGUAAUUGUUAACUGACACACAAUCAUUAGGAACAUAGGUUAAAAUAAAUUGUAAUGAUUACAUUUUGGUAAAAACUGAAGUUUAGGUGUUAUAAUUUAAAUUGGCAUUAUAAUUUGUUAAUUUUUUCAUUUUUUGUUUACUUUAUUAUAUAACGCUUUAUACGAUUUUCAUAUAAUUACUUUUUUUUUUUUAACGUUACGCAAAUUAUCUCGCAUCCUACGUCGAUUUUUCAGUUAAAGACAUUUUACGCUGAUCUGUAAUCAAGUCCACAAUUUGUGUUUUAAUGUCUACAUAAAAAAUAAAGAUUUUUCUAUGUGUAUA